AUUCUGCUCUCACAACUCUUGUGGCUUGUUGGAAGUAAACAACUGACUGACAAACCCAUGGUUUGUACUGCCAUCGCUGUUCUUCUUCACUACUUUUUCCUGGUUUCUUUCGUGUGGACGUCCAUCAUCGCCUUUGACACUUGGAAGGCCUUCACUACAAAAGGAAGGCGCUCCAUGGUUGACUGGAAGCGCAAAAGACUGCUGCAUACCUUACGAUAUAUGGCUGUUGGGUGGCUGUCUGUCAUGGUGUACGUGUCAAUCUGUGUGGCUCUUGACCAAUCACAGACAGUCGCCAUAGGGUAUGGGUCACGUGCAGCUUGCUGGAUUACUAACUUCAAUGCCAAGUGGAUAUUCUUUGCAACUCCUCUGGGGCUCGUCACCGUCUUCAACAUUGUCUUCUUCUCCAUGACCGUAAAAGCAAUCAGGUCGUCCCGCAGACAUGCCAGAAUGGUUGACAAACCCGCCAACAAGCGUGAUUUUGGCAUUUAUGUACGUAUAGCGUCCGUAAUGGGCUUCACGUGGGUUUUUGGCUUCGCUGCACCAUUUGGAUGGAUGAUUCUUUGGUACGUGUAUGUGAUCCUAAGUUCUUUACAAGGGGUUUACAUCGCCAUUGCCUUUGCCCUUAACAAACGAGCAAGAAACCUCUACAUCAAGCUCUUAUGCAAGACAAAGGUAUCGGCCAGCAGGAAUGCGUAUUCUGUAGGUGGAAAGGAUGGACCAAAGGACAGAACAAAGGACAGACCAAUGGCAUCAUUGCAAAAAUUUAAAACACUAAACGUAUCUAACUUAUAGAAAAGCGAUGAGCUAGAAAUGAAAAAAUAAA